AUGUCGUCUGACAUCGUAAUCGAUGAAUUGAUGGAGAGCUUGGAUGCCGACCACUCCGGCAAAGUCAGCGCUGAAGAACUCCUGGAUGCGAUCAAAGGGUCCGGCAUUGAUAUGGAUGCAGUCAAGGAGCAUAUCAAAUCCAUUGACAACGAUGGCGAUGGACAAAUCAACAGGACUGAACUGCAGGAGUUUUUCAAAUCAUUGGGAUACUAA